CGGGAAUUGCACUGCGCCCGCUUUUGUCACCACGACUCGUAACGAUCAGACGAUAGGGUCUCGUAGAAGUCGACACCUUCUAUACAUGUCGUGAAACUCACGUCCAGAGCUGCCGCAGCUCUUCCCUUCAACCACGAUGGAUUCGUUCGAGAAACAUGGCCUUGACGAGUCGGCAUUCGACGACAAGGGCUUGUCCAGCCUGCGUACUUUUGAUGCUUUUCCGAAGACGAAACCGAACUACACCUCCGCAACCGCGCGAGGCGGCCAAUGGACCCUCGCCAUCAUCAUCCUCUGCACAUGCCUGACCUUCUCCGAACUGCGAACCUGGUGGACCGGUACCGAGACACACCACUUCUCCGUCGAGCGCGGCGUCGGCCACGAGUUACAAUUAAAUCUGGACAUUGUCGUCGCCAUGGCCUGCCACGACCUCCACAUCAACGUGCAAGACGCGGCGAUGGACCGCAUCAUGGCCGGUGACCUGCUCACGAAAGAGGACACAAAUUUCGCCGUGUGGACGGACCCGCGCAAGCGACGGCGUCAGCAGAGACUACAUGAAUCCAAGCGCGAUGUCGAGCGCAAGCGCGCAGAAGACGAGGAUAGCCACGUGAGCCAUGUGCUGGGUCAUAUGCGAGAGAAUGUGGGCAAGAAGUUCCCCAAAUCACCUCGUGUACCGCGCGGUGCGCCGAUGGAUAGUUGUCGGAUAUACGGGAGUCUAGAGGGCAACAAAGUCCAGGGUGACUUUCAUAUUACCGCCCGAGGCCAUGGGUACAUGGAAUUCGGGAUGCAGCAACAUCUGGACCAUGGGACGUUCAAUUUCAGUCACCAUAUCAACGAGUUGUCGUUUGGUCCGCAUUAUCCGGGGAUUUUGAACCCUUUGGACCGCACGGGAGAUACCACGGAGGCCCAUUUCAUGCGAUAUCAGUACUAUCUCAGUGUCGUGCCGACGAUUUUCACGAAGAGGCGCGUGAGCACAAGGAGUGGGAGUCUGGAUCCCGCUGCGAUUCCGCAGCCGCCGACGCUGGAUUUGGCGCCGGACAUCAAGGACGCGAACAAGAAAAAGAAGGAUGGGCCUGUAAAGCAUAUGGUCAACCCAGACAAGGGACGCGACAGGAAAAGUGUUUUCACGAAUCAGUACGCUGCGACGAGCCAGAGUAGAGAAGUGCCGGGGAAUACGGUUCCGGGAUUGUUUUUCAAGUAUGAUAUCGAGCCGAUAUUGCUGAUUGUGAGUGAGAGCCGGAGUAGCCUGUUGGGGCUGCUGGUAAGGCUGGUCAAUGUGAUCAGUGGUGUGAUGGUAGGAGGAGGCUGGAUGUUUCAGUUGAGUGAGUGGGCGGCCGAGGUUUGGGGGAAACGAAGAAGCCGAAGGAAUACGGGGAUGAUUGGAGUAAUUAACGGUGAUGUCAAUGGCGAUCUGGAUUCGAAGAGGUGAGGACGAGAGAAGGGGAGAGAUAUAUGAAAUGGCUACUCGGCAACAUACCAAGGUGGUGAGAGGACAAUUCAGACUCGAGACAACAGGAAAAGUCAUUGACAACGUCCGAGCUGCUCACGGGCCAUCUUCAAGAUAUAUUGCCUGAUCGGUCUGCAGGCCUGACUUACACCAGCAAGACUAUGGACUGGAUAUGUCUGCAGAAAGAGCAUUGUACGAACGUCGAUCUGGUUAGGAGCAUUCAGACCAAGCAUUUGCAGGUGCUUUUUACUCGAAGCAUUAUGAGGCGUUAUGCUUCAAUGGACGGAGAGAAAUUUAGCGAACACACAUGUAUAUCUUCAGGAGUGGUUUCGUGUGUAGGCGAACAUAUACUCAUCAUGGGAGAGACUUGCCAAGUCAUAGAAGUAUUCACGAAGAAAGCAAAGAGGUUUACGAAACAG